CCAACAGAAACACACUAGAAAACGGAUAACAUAGGCGGUAGGUCAUCUGUCCUUACUGAACAAAUGUGAAAUUUGAAUCUGAAUCUGAGUAGUUAGUAACUGGAAAUUUUUUGCCUGAUACGUGGUGUUGGCUCUUUUUGUUGAUAAAUCCAAGGCAAGACUGGAUCUCCACAGAAAUAUAAUAUUACGGGAUUAAAACUGAAAACUAAAGACUGAGGUGGCUUUUACGAAUCGUUUUCGCCACAUGAGUUUUGCGUUCUUUUGGCGGGUUCAUCAAAAGUCUGUUGCGAACAUUCCGUGUAAAUUAGCACUUUGUCUUCCCAAAAUCACAUUACGUUUAAUAACUGGCGGUGUUCACUCUGCGGAAAUAAGAAAUAUGAAUGGAGUUACAGAUAUAGACUCAUUACGUGCUAAGGUUCGCGAUCAGGGUGAUAUAGUACGACGUCUGAAGGAAGAAAAAGCAUCUGACAGCGCCCUAAAGGAAGCUAUAUCUGCCUUAAAGGCUUACAAAAAAGCUUUGGAUGAUAAGGAAAUUGAGCUGUCUCCUAAAGAUCCUUCUUUUGAUCGUGGUAAACUAGAGGAUCUUUUGAAACAGAAGUUUUUCUAUGAUCAAUCUUUCUCUAUUUACGGAGGUAUUCAGGGUCUCUAUGAUUAUGGCCCGAUGGGUUGUGCUAUGAAAGCUAAUUUACUUUCUGCUUGGCGUCAAUUCUUUAUUUUGGAAGACCAUUUAUUAGAAGUCGACUGCUCUGUGCUUACACCUGAACCUGUUUUACAAGCAUCUGGACAUGUCGAUCGAUUCACAGAUCUAAUGGUCAAAGAUGUGAAAACUGGAGAUUGUUUCCGUGCUGAUCACUUAGUAAAGUCAGCACUCGAAGCCAAGAAAAGCAAUAAGAAAACCCCUGAAAAUGAAAAACAGGAAAUCGAUAAGAUGAUCUUACAGCUGGACAACUAUGGGGCAGAUGAGCUACACCAAAUUAUACGUCGUUUUGAUAUCAAAUCACCGACAACAAUGAACGACUUAACUGAACCAAAAGAAUUUAACUUGAUGUUUUCGACAAUGAUUGGUCCUACCGGCCAAUGUAAAGGUUAUCUUCGCCCGGAGACUGCCCAAGGGAUUUUCGUCAAUUUCCAGAGGCUCUUACACUUUAAUCAAGGUCGUCUUCCUUUUGGAGCUGCUCAAAUCGGUUCUGCAUUUCGUAAUGAAAUAAGCCCGCGUUCCGGUCUAAUUCGCGUCCGAGAGUUUACCAUGGCAGAAAUUGAAUAUUUUGUAGAUCCCAGUGACAAACGUCAUCCCAAGUUUGAGGACGUGAGAAAUACAGAAAUGAUACUUUAUUCGUCAUGUGAUCAGAUGAGUGGCGAAAGACCUCGAAAUGUUACUAUUGGUGAAGCGGUCGAUAAAGGUGUUGUGGCAAAUCAAACGUUGGGAUACUUCAUGGCGCGAAUACACUUGUUUUUAGUCCAUAUUGGUGUUGAUGCAAAACGACUACGAUUCCGACAGCAUUUAUCAAAUGAAAUGGCCCAUUAUGCCUGUGAUUGUUGGGAUGCUGAAUGUCAAACAAGUUACGGUUGGAUUGAAUGUGUUGGUUGUGCAGACAGAAGUUGUUAUGACUUAAAUCAACACAGUAAAGCCACUGGUACCCGUUUAGUCGCAGAGAAACCCUUAGAUGAACCUAAAACUGUACAAGUCUGUGAAUGUAUACCCAAUAAAGGUGAGUUAGGAAAAGUAUUUCGAGGAGAAGCGAAAACUAUCAUACAACAAUUGAGCUCACUUACUCUCGAUGAAUGUCAUUGUCUAAACAAUGAGUUGAAAAACACCGGAAAGAUUACUCUAACAGUUAAUGGAAAGCAAGUGGAUCUUAACAGUUCAAUGGUUCAGAUCAAUGAAUGUGAAAAUGUUGUACACGUCAGUGAAAUAGUACCUAAUGUAAUUGAGCCUUCAUUUGGCAUUGGUCGAAUUUUGUAUACUAUAUUUGAACACUCUUUCCGUGUACGUGAAGGUGAUGAACAACGCACAUAUUUAUCUGUAUCUCCAGUAUUAGCACCAUAUAAGUGCUCUUUACUGCCACUUUCAAAUCAUGCUGACUUUGCUCCAGUUGUUCGCAAGUUGUCCUCAGAACUGACCAAAUAUGCUGUUUCACAUCGAGUCGAUGAAAGUAGCGGGUCCAUUGGACGACGAUAUGCUCGUACAGAUCAAAUUGCUAUUCCAUACGGAAUUACUAUCGACUUCGACACCUUGAAUAAGUCACCUGCUUCAGCAACACUUCGUGAACGUGACAGCAUGAAACAAAUCAGAGUACCAUUGGAUGAACUGCCUUCUUUGAUGUUCGAUAUUGCCAGUGGCAAUAAGUCUUGGGACGAUGCACGAGCAAAGUAUCCAGCAUUUGAACAACAAGAAACGGCUCAAAAGAAGGAAACAGCAGAAUCUUCAUCAAAUGACCAUUCAUUAGAUUUGAUAACCGAACGUAUCGAUUUAGGUGAGAUAAGCAACUCAGUAAAAGAGCAAAAAAAUAUCACUAAAACACACCAACACACUACUCCUGUGCACGGAGAACAGACUGUUGAAUCUAAAGAAACUCAUGCUAGUCGAUUUGGGAAGAAAGCUCUUAAUUGGACAGACUGUGGUAAAACCAUUCGGAAACGUUAUAAAGAGCAAGAGGAACGAGAAAAAUCGCUCACUGGGCAAAACAUGUUGACACAUCCUAGCGUAUCAACUGAUCUCUUGCGGAACACAGAAACUGGGGGUAUUAUCUCGGGUUACGACGCUGAUCAUGAAGAUAAUACUUGUGGCUUCAAUAAAUCAUCUCGUAUUCACCCCCAAGAUUCUAGUGCUCAUUGCUCUGAUCUUUCCCAGUCGACGAACUGUCCGAAAUCUCCUAGUAAUGUGCCAUCUGUCAAAAAAUCAUUCGCCACCGAUAAAAAUCAUACAAAACUUGACAUUUCUUCUGAAUACCCGCCACUUUCAUCAAAUGGUAAGUCGAAAGAGAAACUCCCAUACCAUGGCGUUUUUGUUGGAGAUGGGUGGCCCAACGACAAAAAAGUAGAUCCAGAGCCGAAAACUAAUAAUCCUAACCCCUCUGUCUCAAAACACAAUUAUGCAGCAGACGAAUCUCAACUGUCUUCAAAUUUAGCGUCUCAUAAUACUCAGAAGUAUAAAAGUGAAAGUAUAUUCGACAAAAAUUGCUCGGAAUGGGUUUCUACUUUGGCCAAGCUAGAUCAACCACAGUUUGAAGUUGAAAUGAGUCAGUUUUUUUAUGGACACUCAACUAGAGUAAGAACAGAACACAUCACAACUAGUAAGUGCACUUCGAAAAGCAGUCAACCUGUUGUCUCUCAGUCUAAUAAAUUAUCUUACCAUGGACUUUUUGUGGGUGAAGGAUGGCCUAUUAUCGAACCCGAUAAGAAGGGAAAAUCCGAAACUAGAAAUAUUGAUUUGGAAGAAAUAUGGCAGAAUGAGAAGGAUAAUCUAACUAUCAAGAUAGCAGAAAAGGCGAACAAAUGUGAUUGGAAUUCAGUUGUCUCUCAGAUUCCAGAGAGUCUUAUAGAUUCAGAACAAAAUCAACUUAAUCAAAUCGAUCUGACUGACUUUAAUGCUUUCGGUACUCCUAAACAAGUUUCAGAUACUCAAUUGGUUUCAGUUCUACAGGACCUUGGACCCGAUCCACACGAUGAACUGCCAUCAAAUGACCAAGAAAAAACUAAAACCCCUAAUAUAUUAGAACAGUGUACUAAUUUGGGAACAGUGACAUUCAAGCAGUCUAACAAGACGGAAGAUCGAUAUAACGCUCACUUGUUAGUGGAACCUGUUUCUAAGGAGAACAUCCUAAACAAAAGUAAUAUGCAAAAUGAUGUUAAGGAUGAUUCGGAGUUAUUUUCCAGCAGUUCACCUACGAUUUUAAACCAUAUGAAAUCAGAUACAAAACAAACUAAAUUAGAGGCAAAAGCUACCGAACUAGAUUCAUGUGUGCACAAAGCUGACAAAUCCGAUGAGCCUAUCAUAAAUGAAGUCAGCCAGAAUAAACCGACCCCAGAAUGUCAGUCAUCAGCAAGUCUAGUGAACCCCGAAAUCCUCCAUGAUAAAAAUGAAUCUCCCAUUGUUAGUAAUGGCCCUAAACAAACAGAAAUCACUUCGCCUAAAGAUAAAGCAAAAAAGCAUAAGAACAGACAUAAGAAAAAGAAGAAAAUUGCUUAAACUCAUACAUACCACUCUAUAGUCUCAACCAACUUUAAUUUCAUUUUGUUCAUUUACAGUGUGAUUUUAUUUUAACUUUGAAAAUGUUUUACUUGCCUCUUAUUGCCUAAAAUAAUAAAAAUGAUGUAAUAAUCUACAAACAACGUAUACGCAAGUGUUUAGUGAUAUACCUUAUUACUGUGUGCUUUUAUUUAUCACAAAACUGUAUAAAAUGGAUAGAGAAGUCAAUCCAUUCUACUUUCUUACUUUCGCAUUGGCGAAUCUUGAUGAAUGUAGCCAGAAAUUGAUUUAAUAACCUACGGACGUUUUGGUACUUUAGAUAAAUCAACGUAUCUACCAGGUACUUGGGUAUGAGUCUUAUUUGAUACUUGAGGGCUGAUGAUACUACCCGGUCAGGCAGAACGGGGUUCAAACCAGGGACUUAGUGGUUAGGAUUUGAACCUCUUAACCAUUACGCCUCUGCUCGCAACGUUGCCACGUUAUGUCUAAAAAACCUCAUGGUAGUAUUUUACGGCUGUAAUAAUCUUACCGAAUUCGUCUGAAAACUAUAGUAAUACAAACCUUGAAAGCAGUGGAUCCAGGAACUAUAAAAUUUACUACUGAAAGUCUCAUUUAACGAGUUUGUAGUAGCUACGCAGUCCUGAAUGGAACGCGUUUACCUUGUGCUUUGUCCAUCCAGAAACACUAGCUCUGAAACAAGUGGACACUUAGUGCAUGAGUGUGUGAUUUCAAAACAGAUAGUGGUACUAAAAUGACUUGCAACUAGAAUGUGCUGCCGGGUUGAGUCAAUUAUGACCAUAUAAUAAUUAUCUAAAUUUUGCAUUGACAUUUGAUUUGUAGUGAUUAGACUUCAUUUAUUUUAACACACAGAUAUUGAUACAAGGAAGCACCAAAUACAUAUGCGCCACACAGAUCUCAUUUGAUAUGUGUGAGGGCUGUGAUACUGCCUGGGUACCCAAACCGAAGCAGGUAGAAUACUUACAAUGUAAUAUUUUAAGUUGACCUGAAAGGUAGAAACUGAUAACAGAAUAUUAUCGAUGCAUUGUAUUUACUCAUCUCGUUGACAACAUAUAAUUCAGAAUAAACAGAUCCCAGUAGUUUGAUGUGCCGUUACUCCUAUGAAUUUGGAGGCCGAAACAAUAGAGUGCAGGUUAAGCAAUAUCAAGGCUAAGAAGUAAAUUUUAGGUUUUCUGAUAUUCACAUAGCACUCAGAUAUAAAGUGUUCGAAUAACCAAACUAUGAUGUACAUUGCUUACGUACAUCGAUAACUAUGGAUAUGUUCCAUAUGUUUAGGCAGUAGUCAUGGCAUAUCAUGCGAAAUAAGAUUAGUAAGCUGCGACAAAACUAUAUGAUAAUACAAUGUAAAUACUUCGUUGGCAUGUUAGAGGUUAAGAAAUAAUAAAAGUUAUAUAUAUAUUCCUAGUAUUCCAUAACAUUUUUAUAUUCAGAAGCAACGACUAGGUGAUUCAGUGAACUACUACAGAAUCUAAUAAAUAAUGUUACUUGGGUUCAACCUAAUCGUCGUCGUUGUGAAGUUCGGUAGAUUCAAACUAUUUCAAGACUAAAUCAAGGCCUUAAUCUUACAUUGUCUUUCAAAAUACCGGGUUAUGAAUGCUAUCAAGUUUAAGGCACAAAUCUCUAAGUGUAUUCAUGAGACGACAGAGUUAAAGUCCAUUUUUACGUGCUUUGAAUGUAUGCGGUCUGUCAAGUACAUGUGAGUCAACAGACGCUUGACUGCAUACAAAUGUUUACUUGACUGUAAUAUAACUAAUCUGUACAUUAUCACACCAGACCGAAGGGUACAUUCGAAAUCACAGACCGUCACCUGGGACUGCGUGAUCACUCACAAAUACGUUAUUCUCAAACAUUCAAACAAAAUUCAGGCCCAUAUGCGUUUAGAAACCUAGCAAAAAUGACUCCCGGUAAUUUAUAUAAGCAAGAGUGCUGCUCCUAUACUCAAAUCAAGCCUGCACAGAAAUUAGUGGUAUUUCCUAAGGUUUUAGCAUCGAGAGCGGCCUAGUUAAACAGAUCUCUGAGUAGAAAUUAUUAAGACAUAUAUCAGAGAAACCCUUAUCAGACUGAACAAAUGAAAUCUU